CGCAGCUGCUGGAUCACCGCCUCCUGAGCUUCACUCGCCUCGGAGCACACCAUGGCCGGGCACCUCCGCACCCCGCUGCUCCUGCUGGCCGCCCUGGCCCUGACCCAGGCCCUGGCUGUGGCCUUGGGUCCCGGGGCAAGCAGGAAAAAUGGCAAGUCUCCAAUGGUGGGCGGCCUGUUGGACGCCGACGUCAACGAGGAGGGCGUGCAGCAGGCGCUGAACUUCGCCCUCAGCGAGUACAACAAGGAGAGCAACGACGCGUACCACAGCCGCGCAAUGCGCGUGGUGCGCGUCCGCAAGCAGGUCGUGGCUGGGAUGAACUACUUCUUGGAGGUGGAGAUCGGACGAACCAGAUGUACAAAGUCUCAGCCCAACUUGGACAGCUGUCCCUUUCAUGACCAGCCACACCUGAUGAUGAAAACGCUCUGCUCUUUCCAGAUACACACUGUCCCCUGGCUGGGCAAGACCUCCUUAGUGAAGUCCAGCUGCCAGAAGGCAUAGAGGACCCUGUGACAGGCUGUGCCACUCAACCCCCUUUCUCCCACCCCCAUCCCCUUGUAGAGCUCCUAAACUUUAGAAGGUUGGCUUUGUCCAAGUGACACCCCCUCAGUGUGCUAGUCCCAAGGGGCAAAUGGAGAAUUAUUCUGGGACAUUUUUUGAACAGCUAAGCAACUGUAACUCCUUUAAUUCCUUUCCAAAUGCACCAGUAUGCAGUACAUGUAUUCUGUUCUAUCUCAAUAAAAAGUAACAUCAGCUAAAAAAAAAAAAAAAAA